UUUUUAUCUGUUGUAAGACAUUGUUUUUGUAAUUUAGAAAAUCCUAUCAGAAAUAAUGAACUGCAACAAUUAAAAUUGUAUUUCGAUUACAGCAAAAGCAAAAUCCCAAUAAACUUAUUGAAAAAGAAAAUAACAAUAAGUACGUACUUUAGCCAGUUGGAAAAAAAACAAAGAAAAAAUCAAGCUAAAAAGAAAUUCCAUAAGACGUAAAUUGAAUGAAGUUUCCUGAAGGGCAACAAAGAACAGACAUUUGGAGUGUGUUUCUUCUCUGCCUUUUAUAGUAAAUCUUAUUUAGGUGAAAACUUUAACCUCUUCACAUGGGUAAUAAUAUUACAUACGAGCUUGAAGACAUUGAUGAUUAUGUGAGCGACGACAGUUCCCUGAGUCUGGAUAAUGGUGACUUAAGUUUUGCUUACUCUAUGGUCUUAACACAAAUUGAACGUGAAGAUAGGAAAGAAAUGCCACCAGUGAUACGUAAAAAACCUGAUUUAAGAAUAUUCCGUCAUACUAUGAUGUAUAAAGAAAUUAAGGCUCUUAGUGGAUUUCCGGCCAACAGCAAGAAACCAAAUGAACGCUGGUGUCUAGCUCGGGGUUUGAUGAAACGCGAAAAUGGCUUAUCCGUUUGCAAACGUGGUGCCUUCAGCCCCAAUCAACAGAGACGCAUAGGAAACUUUUUUGUGCCCAAUAAGAAAGUUGACCGUUUAAUGUCGUUAGACUCCAAGAUUUACAUUUGUAAAUUCAAUAAUGAUGGCUCCCGUCUAAUAACUGCCUCCCAAGAUGGUACGGUACGUAUAUUUGAUGCAUCCAAAGGUACCUACAAUCGCAUACAACGUUUCAAGGUCAGAUAUCUUAAUUGGAGUAUACUGGACAUAGAUUUUAGUCCUUGCGGACGUUUCUUUACUUAUUCCACCUGGGAAGAUGCAUUUCAUGUUGCACCCAUGGAGGGAGAUGGUACUGAUGCCGAAAGCUAUAGCAUCGGCAAUGAUCGCUACCGUGCUGGUAUGUUUUCCGUGCGAUUUUCACCCUGCGGUCGCAACUUGAUUGGUGGAUUAACCGAUUCAAAAAUUAUAGUUUGCGAUCGUGAGACUCGUCAUGUUAACACAAUUCGCACGGAUAAUUCAUCAGUUGACAUAAAUGCCAUUAGCUAUGUAAGUGAUCAAGAUCCAAAUUUAAUUGUAAGUGGUUGCCACAAUGGCAUUAUUAAACUUUGGGACCUACGAUGUUCAAGUGGUUGCUCUCAUCGCUCAACCAAAGCUAGCAGUGUUUUUCUGGGGCAUUUCGAUAGCAUUACUUAUAUAGAUCCACGAAAUGAUGGCCAUUAUAUGUUGAGCAAUUCCAAAGAUCAAAGUAUUAAAAUUUGGGAUUUGCGUCAACCAACACCGAAAAGUAAGAUACGUAGUCCUCCUAAUGCUCCAUUAAUUGACUGGGAUUAUCGCGCCAACCAGGUGCCUAGAGAGUAUUAUAAUCCCACCAAGGUUUUAGAUGGAGAUGUUAGUGUCAUGACCUAUCGGGGUCAUCGUGUUACUAAAACUUUAUUGCGUGCUAAAUUUUCGCCAGCUAUUCAGACGGGACAGCGUUAUAUAUACACAGGUUGUAGUACAGGGAGAAUUAUUAUUUAUGAUGUGUUAACGGGCCACAUUAAAGAGGCCAUAGAAAGUCAUCGCCAUGUAAUAAGAGAUUUACAUUGGCAUCCAGUACGAGAUGAAAUUGUCUCUGGUUCGUGGGAUUGCCAAGUGAACUUAAAUAUGUAUAAAAACAAACCAAACCUUAAAAGAAGUAGUACUGAAGAAAUCGAAAGACCUCUGCGUCGAUCACGUCGCAUAGCACAUCGUAAGGGAGAAUUGGAAGCCGAGGAAGAGGAAGAAGACGAUGAAAAUGAUUUUUAAUAGCUAGAAUAUAUGCAUAUUUCUAAUUUCUUGAGAUAUUUUAUUCAUCGUACAUUAUUAAACUAGUUAUAUAUAUAGAGUAUGUACUUUAGUUUCCACCCUCCUCCAUCUCAAUCAAUUUGUUAACACGCUUCACACAAAGUGUGCAAGUGGUGUAUAGAUUAGUGUGUACAACAAUGAAUGUAAAAAUGAUUUUCUUAAUUUUUCUUUUAGUUUUUUUUUUAUAAUAUUAAUUACUUAUAAAUCUUGAAGUUUAGUAUGACUUUAGUUAGUUUUUAAUUAACAUAAAAUUUUCGCAGCUUCUACUGGAAGUAUGAAAUUUUCUUUAUUAGAGGUACAGCAAGUCUGUGCCUAUUUGUACUGUAGAACAGCUUGCAAGUCCCUGUAAAAAGGGCAAAUGAUUCAUUUCAAUUUUAAUUUAAAUAUGGCUAUGAAUUGAUGAAAUUAAUGUGAUUUUUUCUUUAUUUUAAUUUUCAUUCAUUUUUGUAUGAGUUCUUGUAUUUUAGAAUAUUUUUAAUAAAACUAAAU